GUCCUCAGGCCCCGCGGCAGGUCGCCGCGGCCAUCCCCCUGCAGCCGCUCCAUCCCCGGCUGCCGUGGCCAGCUCGCCGCCUCGGGGCGGCGCCGGCAGUUCUCCUCCCCCGGCUGCGGCAGUACCCAGCCGUCGUGCUGCCAGCUCUCCUCCCGCGCUGAAUGGAUGCUCUGUCCGCCUGGGUGCUGUUCGGUUUUUUGCUGGGCGUUCUGUUGGUUUUGUUAAAGGCAGCUGAAUGGAGUGGCAUAUAGUUAAAUUUCUCACCAAAGAAGAAGACGACACCACCUGCGAAACUCAAUUAAGCCUCCAGAGGCGAGGAGGACGACGGCGGCGAGACCUCCAAAAACUACCGUCUGACUCCUCAUCCCAUUCGAUAGUGGGAUUGAACACUAAAAGUGCUGAUUAGUGCGUUCAAAGAGAAGCGGACAGAUAUUGAGCUUGAGCCAGAGAAUCCGAGGAUGUUUUGGAUCCACGGCGCUGCUAUGGCUUCCCUGCCCACCCGGUUGCCCGCCACAGCCACCUAACUAGGUGCAUAGGUCGCAUGCCAUCAGAUUUCAAUCUCAUUUGGUUCCCUGUCCCCAAUACCAAUUCCAGCUACUUGCUCCACGACAAAGAGGUAGAUGUCGGCCACGGGCCAAGACAACGGAGAUACCGCUGGGGACUACAUCAAAUGGAUGUGCGGCGCCGGUGCCCGUGCGGGCGGCGCCAUGGCCAACCUUCAGCGCGGCGUUGGCUCCCUCGUCCGUGACAUUGGCGAUCCUUGCCUCAUCCCCUCCCCCAUUAAGGGGAGCAAAAUGCUCAAACCAGAAAAAUGGCACACAUGCUUUGAUAGUGAUGGAAAGGUCAUUGGUUUCCGUAAAGCCCUGAAAUUCAUUGUCUUAGGGGGUGUGGAUCCCGCUAUUCGAGCAGAAGUUUGGGAAUUUCUUCUUGGCUGCUAUGCAUUGAGUAGUACCUCAGAGUAUAGGAAGAAACUAAGAGCUGUUAGAAGGGAAAGAUAUCAAUUUUUAGUUAGACAAUGCCAGGGGAUGCACCCAAGCAUUGGUACAGGUGAGCUUGCUUAUGCUGUUGGCUCGAAGCUAAUGGAUGUCAGGACUAUGUCAAAAGAAACCCACAAUGGAGAAGAAAUUAGCACAAGUCACCAAGCUUCACAAAAUACAGCUGGCAAUAUACUAGAAGAUUCAAAUUAUGGCUCUAGUGGUACACACCAGUCACAAAAAAGGAAAAGCUGUAGUAAAUCAGCUGAACUAGUUGGUUUUAACGUACAUAAUGGUACAUCUCUUUAUAAUUCUUCCAAUUUUAUUGUGACUUCUACAGAAGUGAAUAGUUGUUCGAAAGAUUCUCGCGAUUUCAAUGACAUCCGUGAACCAAGAUAUGACACUGAGACCUUCGAUGAUUAUCCUUCUCUACCUUUUACAAGCUUGUUCUCAAAUGGUGGUGUGGGCAGCAACGGAGUUGAUAAAAACCAUUGUAGUUUCUCAGUUCCUGAAGAUAGGCUAAGGCACCGUGAUGAACGUAUGCACAGCUUCCAAAUCAAUAAUAACAUAGAUCUCAUUAUAGAGUCGAAUUCAUGUUCCAGUGAUGCGUUUCGGGCUAGUAACAGUGAUUCAGCCAUCUUUCACUCAGAUGCAUACAAGCAGGAUAGAUGGUUAGAUGAUAGUGGCUAUAACAGGGAAGUUAUCAAUUCCUUGAGGAUAUGUGAUGCACCAGAAGCAGAUUUUGUUGGUGAAACUAAAUCCAACAGUAUGGUUGCCAGCAGAGAUCGAGUCUCUGAAUGGCUUUGGACACUGCACAGAAUCGUGGUUGAUGUGGUUAGAACAGAUAGUCAUCUUGACUUCUACGGUGAAUCAAGAAAUAUGGCUAGAAUGUCAGAUAUACUCGCGGUUUAUGCAUGGGUUGAUCCUUCCACUGGGUACUGCCAAGGUAUGAGUGAUCUACUUUCACCUUUUGUUGUUCUCUAUGAGGAUGAUGCAGAUGCCUUUUGGUGCUUUGAGAUGCUUCUGAGAAGGAUGGUAAUUUGCAUAUAUUUCAAAUUUUAUUGUCUAUUAGUUUGGUUUCUAUGUUACUCCAUGGAUAAUAUACAUCCUGUUGCACUUCAGCGUGAAAAUUUCCAGAUGGAGGGACCAACAGGAGUUAUGAAGCAGUUGCAAGCAUUGUGGAAGAUCAUGGAAAUGACCGAUGUAGAAUUAUUUGAACAUUUGUCAGAAAUUGGUGCUGAAAGCCUUCAUUUUGCUUUCCGGAUGCUGCUAGUGCUUUUUCGUCGAGAGUUGUCCUUUGAAGAGUCACUUAGCAUGUGGGAGAUGAUGUGGGCUGCUGAUUUUGAUGAAGAUGCAAUUUUACAUUUGGAAGAGAAUUGUCUAGAGCCAUUGCUGGUAGAUGUGAGGAAUGAUUUAUCAUGUAUAUCAUGUGAGGUGAAAGAAGAGCACCGGAUGGACAGUUACACAAGAAGAAAAUCCAAAAGCAGGAAUCCCCAUCAUAAAAAUUGUGAAAUGCGUGUAGCUUGCAACCUUGGAAUGAAACCCAAUACAAGAAAUCCCCUCUGUGGCUUGUCAGGAGCUACUAUUUGGGCAAGACAUCAACAGAUGCCGCAUAUAAGCACAGAUGUAUUAGCGCAGAACAGAGAUGAUGAUCUGCCUAUAUUCUGUGUGGCAGCAAUCUUGGUAAUCAAUCGCCACAAGAUAAUUAGAGAAACUCGUUCAAUAGAUGAUGCAAUCAAGAUGUUCAAUGAUAAUCUACUGAAGAUCAAUGUAAAAAGAUGCAUACGCAUGGCUCUCAAGCUGAGGAAGAAGUAUGUUUACAAGUUAUUGAAGGGGGCUCAGAAUGACUAAAAAAGGACACUGAAGUGAACAAAAUCGUAUGUUUUUCAACCAUGAACUUCUUGUAAUUAGUACGGAACUAUAUAUAUUCAUUAGAAGUCCGAAAAAUCCGUCAUCACUCGUUGCACGGUAUGAAGAGCUCCCUCUGUCUGUUUCUAUUUUUUUUUACAUAGGCAGUAACCAUGGUGAAGGUGUUAGGACUGGAUGGCAAACAUAAUCUGUUGUCUUAUUUCUGGGACUCUGUACAUAAGCAUACCAUAUAUAGUUGAAAACAAUAGACGAAGCGGUGAAGGAUAAAUAGAGAAGGCCGUCAUGUUAGUGUACCAUUUAUGUUGUAAUUGUUUUUGUGGUGUGAGGCCAUCUGCCAUGUCA